GUGUCGGUGUGUGUGUGUGUGUGUGAGUGUGGUGUGUGUGGUGUGUGUGUGAGUGUGGUGUGUGUGUGUGUGUGUGUGUGUGAGUGCGCGCGCUCGGAGUGUGUGUAUUUGUGUAUCGGCGGUCCCGCAGGUCCCGGAUGUUGCGGACAGUAUGAGGCGAGCGCAGGGGGACGGGGACCAGCAGCUGUCGCCGCCGCUCUCAGAGUGAAGAAAGAACAGAAAUCUUUGUUCCCUGACUUUGGAAACCUUGUUUAACCUUCAAACUGGCGAUGUCAAGGGUUCCAAGUCCUCCACCUCCGGCAGAAAUGUCGAGUGGCCCUGUAGCUGAGAGCUGGUGCUACACUCAGAUCAAGGUAGUGAAAUUCUCCUACAUGUGGACCAUUAAUAACUUUAGCUUUUGCCGGGAAGAAAUGGGUGAAGUCAUUAAAAGUUCAACCUUUUCAUCAGGAGCCAAUGAUAAACUGAAAUGGUGUUUGCGAGUAAACCCAAAAGGGCUAGACGAAGAAAGCAAAGAUUACCUGUCACUUUACCUGUUACUGGUCAGCUGUCCAAAGAGUGAAGUUCGGGCAAAAUUCAAAUUCUCCAUCCUGAAUGCUAAGGGAGAAGAAACCAAAGCUAUGGAGAGUCAACGAGCUUAUAGGUUUGUGCAAGGGAAGGACUGGGGAUUCAAAAAAUUCAUCCGUAGAGAUUUUCUUUUGGAUGAGGCUAACGGGCUUCUCCCUGAUGACAAGCUUACCCUCUUUUGUGAGGUGAGUGUGGUACAAGAUUCCGUAAACAUUUCUGGCCAGAAUACCAUGAAUAUGGUGAAGGUUCCUGAAUGCCGGUUGGCAGAUGAGUUAGGAGGGCUGUGGGAGAAUUCCCGGUUCACAGACUGCUGCCUGUGUGUUGCUGGCCAAGAGUUCCAGGCUCACAAAGCUAUCUUAGCAGCACGUUCUCCAGUUUUUAGUGCCAUGUUUGAACAUGAAAUGGAGGAGAGCAAAAAGAAUCGGGUUGAAAUCAAUGAUGUGGAGCCUGAAGUUUUUAAGGAAAUGAUGUGCUUCAUUUACACGGGGAAGGCUCCAAAUCUCGACAAAAUGGCUGAUGAUCUUUUGGCAGCUGCUGACAAGUAUGCCCUGGAGCGUUUGAAGGUCAUGUGUGAGGAUGCCCUCUGCAGUAACCUCUCAGUGGAAAAUGCCGCAGAAAUUCUCAUCCUGGCUGACCUCCACAGCGCAGAUCAGUUGAAAACUCAGGCAGUGGAUUUCAUCAACUAUCAUGCUUCAGAUGUCUUGGAGACCUCUGGAUGGAAGUCAAUGGUAGUGUCACAUCCCCACUUGGUGGCUGAAGCAUAUCGCUCUCUGGCUUCAGCACAGUGCCCUUUCCUGGGACCUCCCCGCAAACGCCUGAAGCAAUCCUAAGAUCCUGCCUUUUGCAAGACUCCAGAUUUUCCAGAAGCAGCAGCCCCUGUUGCUGCCACUGACCACCAGGUAGACAGCGCAAUCUGUGGAGCUUUACUCUGUUGUGGGGAAGAGACUGCAUCGUGGCCCCAGACUUUUGAAACAGCACUAAAUAACUUGGGGAAGCCGGGGGGAGGGAAAGGCCCAGGACUCGGGGCUACUCAACCUAAUGAAAACCCUGUUGCUGCGUCACCGUGUUCCCUUUGGCUUGACCAAGUCUGACUCUGGGAUUCAGUUUAGGUGCUGGCCCUGAGCACAUCCCAGUCGUGGUACUUCGGAGAAACCUGCCUGCAUCUGACUGAGCAGAACAAAUUGUCAGGUGCCUGGAGCAAAAAGGAAAAAGAAGAAAGGAAAAAAAAAAAAGGACAUUUAGUUUUAAGAGAAGGGAAAAGGAAAGAAGAGUUUUUGCAGAAUUUUUCAAAAUCAGUUUGUGAAUUCUAAUAGUAUUUAUGUUGAGAGAAGCAAAUUUUAGUCCUUCCAACUGUGCUGAAGCUUGGAUGUUUGUGAAAACUCCUCACCACCACACAAGUAUCAGAAGAGCUCUCUCGUUAGCACUUAUUUUUUGCAAGAACAGAAUACAUCCUUUUAUCCUCUUAUGAAAGUGACAAGCAAAGGCAAAAGGGGAAGAGGUUAUUUGAUCUGGAAGAUAAGUGUUCUGAUGAUAGUGGCUUUUGCAAAAAUCUUUAUUGGUGUUGAAAACUGGAAAAAAAAAUUCAUCCAGAAUUCAUGCUGUCUUGACAAGAACUAUGGUUCUCUGUUUUUAGAUAUUGUGGAAAAUGUUUUUUGGCAUUUUUCUCUGAUUUUAUUUCUCUUCCCUCCCCCUUCCCUUUUUUCUAAAAAACAAAAACAAAAAAAACACAAGAAAUCUGAAAACACACAAAACAAAAACAACAAAAAGAAGAGAAGAAAAAAGGAAAUUUUAUUAUUAAUGCUGUGUGAAAAAAGUCCCAGCACAGAUUGCUCAGCUGUUUGUACCUGACUUGCCACCUGCAUAGGAGCCAGUCCUGUUCCUCCUUCUUAGCCCUCUUCCUACAGGGGAGAACUUCCAAAUGUUAAUUUUUUCUUUUUGAAAAUAUAAAUAAUUACUAUUUUGUACUGUGUGGUAUCUCUGGUCUUUUGUUUUCACUCACCUGGCUUGUCUCUUGAGUCUGAGUUCCUUGCUUAAAGGAUUUUGAAGGCCUAGUUUGAUCGUUCAUCUUGCAGGGAUUAUGUUUGAAAUGUCUAAUAAGCAGAAGGGAUUUAUUUAUUUUUAUAAUCUCAGGUUUCCAUUGUGAGCUAUCAGCAUCUGCCAAUCUUUUGUUCUUGAGUAUUGAGAGUCCAUAUCCUAAUGAAGGACCAGGCCCCUACCUCUGCCAAGGCAAGUGAUUGUACUGGGCUUUUCUGCAUCCUGUAUGUUUUAAGACUUAAUCCCCAAUCUCUUUUCUCCUAACUAAAUAUUAAAAGAUCCAGGGGACACAAAUGUGGAGAUCAAAUAAAGGGAAAUUAUUGUCUCUUA